GCGCGUCAGAUCAAAAAAGCCUUGCAUAGGGGAGGGAGGUCGACUAUGCUGUGCAGCAUGAUGCGUUAUGGCUCAGUCUUUCACGUUUCUCUUCUAUAAUAAAUAAUAACCACUGUUUCUUCACGUACUGCUCCAUGGAUGUACAGUGUGUCGAUGUUUCUUUUCGUCUUGCCGUUAUUGGCCAAGAUGCCUGCUGUGGAUAUUGCGUUGUGUGGAAAACGAAGAGAUAUCUUUAAGGAUUCGGCUGUUUGCUUGGCUUUAUGACAGCCUCCCGACAAGACUGACAAGCCAGGAUCAGAGGCAGCCAGCAGUGUCUAAAUGAAGUUUCCUAGCCAUGCAAUGUUCCUGGAAGGCUGUGAUCCUGCUAGCCUUGGCCUCCAUUGCCAUCCAGUACACAGCCAUCCGGACUUUCACCUCCAAGCCCUUUCACCUCUGUCCCAUGCCAAGCCCCCAGAACUGUGGCCUGGGCGCCCAGGACACAGACCCGUCUUUUGAGCGUGGCUGUGAGGAGUACCCCUAUUUCAUCUACAAUGCCUCGCGCAAAACCCACAUCUUAGUGCUGGCCACCACCCGCAGUGGGUCCUCUUUUGUGGGCCAGCUGCUCAACCAACACUCGGACGUCUUUUAUCUCUUUGAGCCCCUCUACCACGUCCAGACAGCGCUCAUCCCGCGCCUCUCCCACAGUCGUAAUGCGGCGGACCGCCGGGUGAUGCUGGGGGCGAGCCGCGACUUGCUGCGCAGCCUCUAUGGCUGUGACCUUCACUUCCUGGAGAGCUACAUCAAGCCACCGCCAGCCAACCACACUACGGACAAGCUAUUCCGCCGCGGGGCCAGCAAGGCGCUGUGCUCGCAGCCGGUGUGCGAUGCGUUCGGCCCGGCCGAUGCCAACGUGGAGGAGGGCGACUGUGUGAAGAAGUGUGCGGCCCUCAACAUGACGCUGGCCGCCGAGUCCUGCCGCGAGAGGCGGCACAUGGCCAUCAAGAUCGUGCGCGUGCCGGAGAUCGGUGACCUGCGGGCACUGGUGGAGGACCCUCGGCUCAACCUGAAGGUGAUCCAGCUGGUCAGGGACCCCCGGGGGAUUCUCUCCUCUCGGAUCGAGACGUUCCGGGACACGUACCGGCUGUGGAGGAUCUGGAGGGCUACAGGGAGGAAGCCCUACAACCUGGACCUGACGCAGUUGACCAUGGUGUGUGAUGACUUCCUCAGCUCCGUGUCCACAGGCCUCAGCCACCCACACUGGCUGAAAGGAAAGUACAUGCUAGUGCGAUACGAGGACUUAGCACGGAACCCGCUGCAGAAGACGAAAGAGAUCUAUGACUACCUGAGCUUGCCAAUGGACAAGAACGUGGUGGACUGGAUACAGGCCAAUACCAGAGGAAGUAACGAGCUCUCGGCCAAACAUAAGUACGGUACGGUGAGAGACUCUGCGGCUAACGCCGAGAGCUGGAGGCUGAAGUUGUCCUUUGAGAUGGUGGACUACACGCAGACCGUAUGUCAGAAGGUCCUCAACAUUCUUGGCUACAAAAGUGCCAAGUCCGCAGAGGAGCUCAAGAACAUGUCUGUUUCGCUUGUGCAGGACAAGAGUUUUGUACCCUUUUCGUAACAAAGAUAGUUGUUGGAGACUAUUUUGAUAUAUUUAUAAUUGUUGCCUUAUGACUAUUAAUGUUAUUUUGAGCUUAUGAUCUUGAUUUGUUUCCCAUCUCCUUUGAAAUUUGCACUAAGACUUUGCAGUCCAUGAAUUCCUGCUGUUUCAGGCUCCCAGCUAAUUUAAGAAGAGCACAACAAAAAUGAGACCAGGGAAUGAGCUUUCUGAGUUUCUGAUCUAGAUUUAAGGAUUUCUUGUUUUUAAAAGGACCAUUAUGAGUUAUUUCACUGAUAUGAUCAAAUGCAACCACCAAUACCAACAGUCCAGACUCCUCAACGACUGGCUGUCGCUUCAAUGCCAGUGAAUGUUGCCAUAUUUCCAUCCAGGGCAGUAUAUGUGUUGAAUGAAUGCUAAGGAAAUGUGCAAGACCAUUCAUGACGUAGAAAAAACCACACUGUACAAAAGCAACUGUGCAAUAAAUGGUGAAUGUCACAGUCUACCUUUAACGUUAUUGUAAUUGAUGCAGGGCAGAUGUGUACUGAAAGGAUUUCACAUGAAAAGGAUUUAAUAUCCUCUGUAUGUACCUGAUAUGGAGUAAGUGUCUUAAAUUAGAAGCCGCAUGAGCCAUUAAUUCUCGGAAUGCAUCGUAUGGAAUUGAAGUCUUGUCCCAUCAGCAGUAGCAUGUGUACAUAUUACAUCAGGGUUUCGGGCUGGUCUGUAGAUGGUGGCCAUUGAGAUGCGGAGCACAAAGGCACAGCGCUUUGAUCUGCCUGACUGCCAUGGCUAGAAUCCCACUCUCUUUUCAGAGACUCUCAGGGGUGUUGGAAGCGUGCCUCUAGAAACGCAUUCCUCUCUCUGAAGGUGACAGGAAACUGUCAAUGCCGUGAUGAAUGUUCUCCUUGCCCCUCUUCUCUGAUGUGUUUACAUAUCCCUGCGAGUGGGAGGAAUUAAUGUCUUUUCUUAACCGAAGCAUAGUAAUAAUAUACUCUGGAAAUCAUUAACACUCCCUAACACAGUCGGCACAAGUGCAGAUGCAGCUGUGACCCUGUUCUUUCUGUGAUUGGUGGAGCCUGAUGUGAGAGGGCUCUACAUUUACAGCAUCCUUAGUUUUAGCAAUGGACAAGAGUGGCAACAGUCACACCUAGAUGAACUUUGACCUCUACAGUUAAAGUUUUGCUGUCUUAAAGGAUAUAUAGAGCUUAGGUAAAUAAAAAACAGAGGCAGUGCCCAGAUUCCAUCUCUCAAAUCCUAGAGUUAUGGUACAUCGCCACCCUCUGACAAGAGCAAUAACAUAUGACCUAAAUAUUCUCCCUGGAUAGCUCCAAAUGGUUUCAAUAAGUAAACCUAUUUUUCCUGCAGUAGCUGAGGCAGUGACUAAACAGAGUUUGAAGAGCAUACUAAAACCUCGGAGAACAAGAAGUUUUAUAUUCAGUAUUCAAGUUCAGCUCUUGUGUUUUGUGUUCUGCUGCUGUGCCGUCUAGUGUCAUUUUGAGCAUUUAUUUAAGCAUAUAUUUGAGUAUUUUGAAUCAACUUUUGAGGGGGAUUUUUGUUUUUAUAAGAUUGACCUUAAUUCAAAGGUCACUGUCUGUUUCCCAUGUGUGCCAUGCGCCGCAUGAUCUGCUUAUCCAGUCAUGAUGUUUAUUGUUUCCCAGGGCAAAACAUAUGGCUCACAGAAAAAAUGGAUACAAAAAAAUAAAACAUUCCUGCUGCUUCCUCUUUCAUUCCCUCAAUUCCGCUGAAUUUA